UAAAUAUGUAUUUCAAUUUGUAGCAUUUUUAUUUUUUCUUCUUUUUUGCUUUUUUAAUUUUCUUUUACUCUUUGCUACAUUUGCACAAUAUUCUGCUACACACGCGUGUAUAAAGUUAUAUUUAUACAUGUAUUUAUGUAAGUAAAUGAAAAAUGUUGUAUGUACUACUAUUGCUCUCUUUUGCUCUUCCUUCCCUCUUUUUAAGCAUUUCUUUUUUUUUUGUAUUUGCUCAUGAUUUUUUUGUCCGUAUAAAUUUUGUAUUUUAUACGUUUUGCGUUAUCUUCAAUGUUCGUCGGUCGUUAUGUUAUUCUGUUAUUCUGACUUUGUACGUCUACGUAACCGUGUAAAGACAACACAAUGAACUAUUUUAACAGAGAGUGACUGACGUACAACGGUAUUCAUAAUCUUAAUGAUGGUUUCUUCGUUUUAUUGUUGUAUUGUAUACGCUCGCUUUUGUGCUCAAUUUUGGUUUUUGAUUCGCCUUCGCUUUUGCCGAAUGUACUCUAAUAAUUCUUCUUCUUUUAUUUCUGUUAGUGCUAUUACUUCUAUCAUUACAAAGGCGACUUGCACUAUCCACUUCUCUAAUUCGACAAAAACGAACACAACGACAAAUCACAUUUAUAUUUUUUUUUCUUAAUAUCAAAUUUUCAUCAAUAUUUUUACAACGAUUUACUGACAUUUUUGUAUUCUUCCAUUAUGUCCGCAAUAAUUUUAUUUACUUCUAUUCACCUUUUUACGAAUUGUUCAUUUUAUGUAUAAUUUUUUUAUUUUAUCUAGCUAAAAAAUUUUAAUAUACAAUUUUAUUCUGCUAUACUCAUCCGAAAUAAUUUUAUCGGUACUUUUCUUUUGCUACAAGUGCGUCUCGCGUUAAAUGGCGUAUGUAUGACAAUACUCGCAAACUUCAUAAAAGAGACGAGAUUUUUUCACCUUUUUUCGUAUUAUUUUGACAAGUUGAAAAUAUCAUAUAAUGUAAUGGGAUGGCCGUCUCUUUCACACGCUCUCAAAGAAUCGGAAAGAAAUUCAUCCGGUAAGGCAAGCAGAAACUUAUAACAAUUUAAUGCCAGAAAAAUUGAAAACAUAUAAAUGAUGUUUAAAAUCAUUAUCAUUUGGUUUUGGCGCCGCAAAAUAUCGAUUUCAUUACUCGCUUCAGGUAUUAUAUUAGUGGGCCUGUGGUCUUGGGCAUACUUGGAAACAAGCCAAAAAUAUCCUCAAAGUUAUAAAUCAGCAAAUAGUGUCGAUGAGGCAGUAGAAGAUAGCAAUCAAAGUCAAAGUUACCGAAAUCUAUUCGUAUUACAAAAACUUAUUUCGGAUGCUAAUCGUGUUCUAAGCUCACAUCAGAACAGAGCCAGAUCGGUAAAAAGGAAUUUAUUGUCUCCUUCCACGCGCACAAACAUCGCCUCGAAGGACUCGUCUGGAUCGGCCGUUGUUGUUAAGGAGGCCUCGGCUCAGACUUUAUCUUUAGUAGCGCGACGGAAAAAGGCACCAGUAGUCGGUGAAAGCUUAUUUUUUGAAGAGGAACGUUUGAGGAUCUUAGAAAAUCAACAGCGCGCGAAAAAUUCAGCCAUGGAAGAUAUUCAAAUGAUAGAUGAAGAGGCGCGCACGUUAACCUCAGAAGAACGUCAAAUACAGUACGAGCAUGAGCUACAGCGCAUGGGCGUGCCAGUAAUAGCCGGAAUCGGACCGGAGACAGGAAAAGCGCCUAAAGAACGAUUGGUGCAUUUGGAUUUAAAAGGAGCGCCAGCCAAGAUCACGUUUUUAAAGCAACUCUUGACGAUGUUGAAAACACUAGGAGCCACCGGUUUACUAAUCGAAUACGAGGACAUGUUUCCUUUCGAGGGUCCCUUAGCUAAUUUAUCAGCUACAAAUGCUUACAAAAAGGAGGAGUUAAAAGAUUUUUUGGAAACAUGCGCUUUACAUGGUUUCACUAUUAUGCCUUUAGUUCAGACUUUUGGCCAUUUGGAGUAUGCGCUAAAAUUGCAGGAAUUUUCCGCCAUGCGAGAAAUUCCGGAAAGCCCUCAAUCAAUAUGUCCGAGCAGGAAGGAAUCUAUGGACUUUUUGGAAGAACUUUUAAGGCAAGUUAUCGAAUUCCAUCUGCAAUUUGUUAAUGAAUCCACUACUACUUUGAAAAUGACUCAUAUCCAUAUUGGCUGUGACGAAGUAUAUCGUAUCGCGGAAUGCUCGUUGUGUCGCGUAAAACUAAAAGAUCAGAUAUUUCUCGAUCAUGUUAUGGCAAUGGCUCAUUUCAUUCGCAGUCAUUGGCAGCAAUUGAAUGUAUUGAUUUGGGACGACAUGCUACGACCGAUGUCGUUAACAAAACUUCAAACUUCAUUAAUUGGCAAUUACGUUCAGCCCAUGAUUUGGGUUUAUACGACGGAUAUUUAUGCUUCCAUCUCUCCUACAUUAUGGGAGCGUUACGCUCAAGUCUUCUCGACGGUUUGGGCGGCGUCAGCCUUCAAGGGCGCAUGGGGAGAAAGUUUGAUGAUACCUCCUUUGCAACGUCAUUUGGAAAAUAAUAUACGUUGGCUGGCUGUGAUGAAUAAAGAGGGCGGUCGCUUCUCAAAAGGCUUCCAAGGUUUAGUUUUAACCGGUUGGCAGCGCUAUGAUCAUUUUGCCAUAUUGUGCGAAUUGCUACCUGCCGCCAUACCCAGCUUAAUAACAACUUUGUCUACCGUCUCUAAAGGUUACUUCAGUACAAAUCCCAAAGAUAAUGGUUUAUUGAAAGUACUACAAUGCUACUUUCAUCCGGAUAGCAGGCGCUCUGGUCAUCCGUGGAUUGAAUUACAUAACAAUUCUCAUCAUAGCCAGUUGUUCUCUUCGUGCUCUUAUCUGGGCAGUCAAUUUUAUCAAUUUUCUCUCCGCCUAUACGAUAAACUCGCCGAAAUACAAAUGUAUCUUCAUCAUGUGCAAGAUAAAAGUGCUUGGAUGUCUACGUAUAACUUAAGACAUAAUUUCAGUUCGAUUUUAAUUGUGAAAGCAAAAACUGAACAAACACAAUUAUUCCUACAAGAACUGAUUACCUUGUCCAAAGAAGCGGAACAAUUAUUGUAUCAUAUAUAUGAUAAAUACACAAUAGGCGAAUUUGUGGAGCAACAUAUCUAUCCUACUAUUCUUGCGUUACAAACUAAUUUAGCAAACGCUACGGCAUUGUCGCAAGCACGCCAUUGGCCGCGACGUCCUUUACCUAUUGCUCAAGCUAUGUACGAUUUGCAGAUGCUCGCGGAUGCUCCUAAAACUAUUGUCCACGAUACUAUACAUUAAUUAUCAUUAAAGCUCUUUCUCUCUCUCUCUCUCGCCCCUCUAUUUCUCUCUGUCUCUCUCUCGAUCCUUUAAAUACUUGGUAAAUAUAUACACCCAACUCCUUGUUUACACGGUGGAAGCAUUCCUUAGUAAACCGUGUAAAAAAAUACAUGCGACAUACGGUAAAUUUAGGGAUAUGUUGCGCGACUUUGAAAAGCUCUAAAUAUUUUCCCAAAAAACCGUGCAAAAAGAAAUAGUAUUAAGAUAAGACAUAAAUAAUUCAUUUUUAUUACAAAAAAAAAAAAAGGAUACACAGUACAGUGAAAAUUCAGCCCAUAAGUACAACAAUUGAAAUUAGGAAUAAAAAUCAAUUUUACGAUUAUUCAUCGCUACUUGUUAACAAGUGCGCACGUUUUUGCGGGCUGGAACGUCAGCAAGUGAAGAUCAAUUUUUGCAAAUUUAUUGCACUUAUUGAUUCCAUCCCACGAACUGAACACUGGAACAUAAAAAAAACGUAAUGCUGUGUUCAAGUUGAUGCGUUACGAGAUAAAGACAAUUGUGUUCGGGUAUUCUUCGUAUUCAAAUUUAAAAUUAUAAAAGAAUUUUUUUAGGAUUCGUGCCAGAACAAAAACUUGGUGUGAAAAGGAUAUUUGCUCUUAUUGACGAACCGUGGCAUUUCAAAAAGCUGGUAAAUAAAAAACCGUGUAAAAAAAGGGUUAGGU